UUAAUUAUAAUAUUUUUUCAAUGUUUAGGUGACGUUCAACAACGUGACUCUCCAUUGCCCAACAGGUUUAGCGUACACGAAAGUUGCAAACCGAAUACGAGAUUCUUUUAUGGUGAAAAAAAACUUCAUGGACGCCAGAUAUAUGGACAUGAUCAGCUUCAAGACUUACAUAAACAUCGGACAAGGAAAAAUCACUAAAAUUGAUCGCAAGGAACAACUGGUGAUUAUCAAUACUAAUAGCUUCAUAAGUUACGAUUUGUUAUUUCUUAUGAGCGGCGAACAAUUUCAAAUGCCCCUGAGACCCAACCGAACUCCAUUCCAAGAGAAACCCGAAAAUGUAUUUGUCCUCAACAACAGCAUCGAUGCCAACAACGCAGUACUCAAGCUGAAGUAUCUUCACGCUCGAUUCCAGGAUCCCGAUUACGUCAUUAUAAUUUACGGUCAUUUCCUGCAAGCCCACUGCACCAUAAGCGGUCUUCUCACCUACGGAGUACCCGGAUCCCACAUGGUUUUGAUAGAACCAUUUCCAUACAGUAUGGCGAUAGAGAAACGCCACCGGCACAACGUUUCAAUCUACAACGACCCCGAAAUUGAUCAAGCCGUUUAUGAUCACAUCCGAAGCGAAGGUAUUGAGAUAUACUCCUCCUUCUAUUUCAUCGAUUGGACGUACAAUCCUGAAGACAACAUCAUAACCCAGGCCAAAUUCGAGUCCAGGCAUAAUAUGUUGGAAAUGGACUGUAUGGCUCUUUUCUAUUUCAAUGAGAAAGAGAUCAGUCCAAGGAUUUACAAGGUUAUUAAUAAUGCUGGACUAGUGUACGAUGGUCGGUUAGUCAUAGAUAAUCAGUGUCGAACAAACGACCCAAAUAUUUAUGGAGCGGGAACUCUAACAAAAUAUUCAAGGAAAUAUUACGCACCCAAUAUGAUACAUAAAUAUUAUAACAGGAUGGAAAUUGGCCAACGUCUAGGUUUGCAAAUUAAAGAUAUGCUUGUUUCUCGUAAGAAAUCGCAAUACGAUAGACGAGAAGCGGGAUGGAAUUUCCAUAUCGAGAGAGGAGAAUCCCUCGUGCAACGAUACGUUCAGCCCAUUAUGAGGUAUUGCAGAUUACCGGGUGGAUUAUUUUACUUUUCUGUAAUCAAACCGGGGAGACGAAUACCUCUGGAAACUGCAAUAUCGAUGGAGAACUACGGCCAAGUUCUGAUUACGGGAAACUGCAGGAAUAUAAGCAAACAAGGAUACUUUCAGCUCCAUUUGAAUGAAUUCAGCCGAGUAGAAACGAUUACAUGUCUAACUAAAACUCCCAUUGAUAUCUACAAUAUACACUGCUUAUGGGGGAAGCAUGAAAGGUUGUUAAACAAUAUAACACUUAGAUUUGAAAUGGUGUUGAUAACAGACUUAUUCGAAUUCUUCAAGGAACCUUGGACUUAUGCUCUCUACCAUGAUAAGUUCAAUUAUUUGCUAGAUGAGUUGAACAUGCUAAUGACAUCCACUGUGGGCAUUGGUGGACAAUCGCUUAUAAACGAUCUUAUCACCCUAUAUAAACAGCAUAAGUGGCGAGAGUUGUCGGAGGAUGCAAAAGACCUGAUUGAAGAGAAAUUCACCACCUACGCCUAUCCCAAAAUAAUUGAGCAAAAAGUUCUGGACUUCAUCAAGAGAAACCUGGACACACUUCCUAUGUAUGCACACCCUGUAGUUGUACGUGCUCUUUUAAGAAAUUUCGAGAACAGUCCAUUGUUUUCGUAACAAGUAUGACAUAUAAACAUCAUGUAUUACUUAUAUAUUAUACAAUAUGUUAUUUGAAA